GAAAUGCAACAAAGAAACUGGUGCCUCUAGAAAGCCUCAGAAGAGAACCAGAGGCAUUUGGCUUUGUGCAUCGGGCGGAGGACACAUACAAAUGUGGCAACCACUUUACCAGUCAGAAGGGCCUUCACAAGUCUUUUUACUAACAUUGACUUGGCUAUUAGCAGCACAUGGAAAUGAGACUAGAGAAAGAUGGAAAAAACUGUAUUUAGCAUAUGAUAACAUGUGCCACUUAGAUAACUUGAAGGCCACAAAAGAAGACCUGCCUUUACCUGGUGAUUUAAAAUACAUAUGGAAAGAUAUAAAUAAGAUAAUAGAUUCUUUACACAUGAAGAAUCAUGUUGAUGUCAAAUGUAAGGAGAAAUAUGAUCCCGAAAAGCUGAAGGAAAGUAACCCUGAUUAUAACACCAUGGUUUGUGAGCAAACAUUUGCUUGGCUUAGUAGAUAUAAAAGGAUUUUGGGAUCUAUGCCAAAAAUUCACUUUCAUUUCUUUCUUCAUCGGAUGAUAAAACACCGCAACCGAUACAUUUCUUUAUGCUACAAGACUGGUAGACGACCGUUGCAUCAUUCUAAAGUAAUUGCCCUAGAAUAAAAUUUAUUGACAAAACUUUAAUUGCUCAAUGUGCGCAUAAGUUUGAGACAGAUUAUUAAUAAUUAGUAUUAUUAUAACUAUUUUCACUAUUAUUACAUUGUUAUUACUAUUUUUGGUAUUAUGAACAAAAAAGACAAUUGAACAAUAA